CUCCGUGGCUCUUGCACUACUUGUCCAGACGGCAUCAGCUCCAUUCAAACACCGAGUGCGUCUCUGCUGCGGUGCGUUGCGCGCAGGCUGGAGAGAGAUGACAAGAGCCCCGCGGAACUGGCCAGACAAACAUGGAUCUCCGUAAAACGCUGAUAUCGGUGCUUUGGAUAUUAUUGCUGAACCAAGUGGAAGACUGUCACGCUGAAGAAGUGGUGCUGCUGAACUCUAAAGAGACUCAGGCUGAGCUGGGCUGGACGUCAUAUCCCCCCAAUGGAUGGGAGGAGAUAAGUGGUGUAGAUGAGAAGUACAAGCCUAUCCGGACGUACCAGGUGUGCAACGUGAUGGAGCCCACGCAGCAGAACAACUGGCUGCAGACCGGCUGGGUGGCGCGCCGAGGCGGCCAGCGCAUUUUCGUGGAGCUCCAGUUCACGCUGCGCGACUGCAACAGCAUCCCUGGCGUUGCAGGUACCUGCAAAGAGACCUUCAACCUCCUCUACGUUGAGUCGGACAGGGACCUCGGGGGUGUGACCCGAGAGGACCGCUACACCAAGAUCGACACCAUUGCUGCUGAUGAGAGCUUCACUCAGGGCGACCUCGGUGAGAGGAAGAUGAAGCUGAACACGGAGGUGCGUGAGAUCGGCCACCUCAACCGCAAGGGCUUCCACCUGGCGUUCCAGGACGUCGGCGCCUGCGUGGCCCUGGUGGCCGUGCGGGUGUACUACAAACGCUGCCUCGCCACCGUCCAGAACCUGGCAGUGUUCCCCGACACGGUGGCUGAGGCGGCCUUCGCCACGCUGGUAGAGGUGCGCGGCACCUGCGUCAACAACUCUGAAGUUGACACAGACAGCCCUCCCAGGAUGCAUUGCAGUGCUGAAGGGGAAUGGCUGGUGCCCAUUGGGAAGUGCAGCUGCAGCGCCGGCUACGAGGAGGGACACAGCAGCUGUGAAGCGUGUCCCCCUGGAUCUUACAAGAUGUCCUCCAGGCAGCAGGAGUGUUUCCCCUGCCCAGCCAACAGUGUCGCAGACGAGGAAGGAUCUGUGUCAUGUGUGUGUGAGGAGGACCACUUCAGGACCCCCUUGGACACUCCCUCAGCAGCGUGCACACGGCCCCCUUCCCCUCCUAGAGAUUUGGUCUACACCCUGAAGCAGUCCACCCUGAUCCUGGAGUGGGCGGCACCAUCCGACACAGGUGGCCGGGUGGAUCUGACCUACAGCGUGGGUUGCCGGCGGUGUCUCGGGAGGCAGUGCGAGCCGUGUGGAGCAAGCGUCGGCUUCGUCCCUCAGCAGGUCGGCCUGACGGAAAGAACAGUGACCGUGGUCAACCUCCUUCCCAACACCAACUACACGUUCACUGUCGAGGCCUUAAACGGAGUGUCAGAGCUGCUGCCCAACAAGAGGUUCUAUACACAGGUCAACGUGUCAACAAGCCUUCCUGCACCAUCUCUGAUCAGUGAGCUGCGAGCGGAGAAGAUCGAGCAAAAGAGCAUAACUCUGGUGUGGAGGGAGCCUGCCUACCCAAACAGCAGCCGUACUGAAUAUGAGGUCAAAUAUUAUGAGAAGGAACAAAAGGAUCAGAGUUAUUCCACUGUGAAGACCGCCGCCACGCGGAUCAGUGUCAACAACCUCAAACCUGGCACCACAUAUGUCUUCCUCAUCCGCCCGUUCUCCACGCCAGCCUCCUCCUCAUCCCUGUCCUCCUCCCCGCUCUCAUCCUCCUCGUCUUCCUCAUCCUCUGCCUCCUCUUCCACUUCCUCCACCUCAUCUUCCUCUUCUUCAUCAUCCUCAUCUUCGUCAUCCUCCUCCUCCUCCUCGCCGCCGCCCAUCGACUACGGAGCGUACAGCGCUCCCCUGGAGCUUCAGACACUUGGCGAGUUGGCACUGGCGUCCAGUGAACAGAACCCAGUGGUGAUCAUUGUCGUCGUGUCCGUUGCCGCCCUCAUCAUGCUGCUCUCCAUGGGAGUCGGACUGCUCAUCUGGAGGAGCAGUGUCUGCUCGAGCUCCUCCAAUGUAACUCCUGCUAGUGUGGUGCUGCUCUCGACCUCCUUCUCCACUCUUCCUCCUCCUCCUCCUCUUCUUUCUCCUCUUCCUCCCUUCACACAGCUGAUGCCCAGACAAUGCGGCUACAGCAAAGCUUCUCAAGAGGGAGACGAGGAACUUUACUUCCAGUUUAAGAUCCCAACACGGAGGACCUACAUUGACCCAGAGACCUGUGAGGACCUGCUGCAGGCCGUACACGCCUUUGCCAAGGAACUGGACAACUCCAGCAUCAAGAUAGAGAGAAUUGUGCACACAGGCGACUUUGGCGAGGUGUGUCGUGGCUGCCUGAAGCUGCCCAGUAAGAGAGAGCUGCCAGUGGCCAUAAAGACGUUAAGGGCCGGCUGCUCCGACAAACAGCGUCGCUCCUUCCUCAGUGAAGCUGGCAUCCUGGGACAGUUUGACCACUCCAAUAUCAUCCGACUGGAGGGCGUCAUCACCACCGGUAACACCAUGAUGAUCGUGGUGGAGAGCAUGUCUAAUGGAGCCUUAGAUUCUUUCCUUAGGAAACACGAGGGCCAGCUGAGUGUAAUGCAGCUGAUGGAUAUACUGACCGGAGUGGCAUCAGGGAUGAAGUACCUCACUGAAAUGGGCUUCGUCCACAAACGGCUGGCUGCACACAAGGUGCUGGUGAACUCCAACCUGGGCUGCAAAGUGUCCGGCUUCAGACCUCUUCAGGAGGACAAGAUAGAGGCUAUCUACACCACACUGCACGGAGGGAAGAGCGUGGUGCUGUGGACCGCUCCAGAGGCCAUCCAGUACCACCGCUUCUCCUCUGCCUCAGAUGUCUGGAGCUUUGGCAUCGUCAUGUGGGAGGUCAUGUCCUAUGGAGAGAGACCCUACUGGGAUAUGGGCAACCAGGAUGUGAUAAAGGCCAUUGAGGAUGGCUUCAGGCUGCCGGCGCCGGUUAACUGCCCUCCACAUCUCCAUCAGUUGAUGCUGGACUGUUGGCAGAAGGAGAGGACAGAGAGGCCCAGCUUCAGCCAGAUCCACUCAGCCCUCAGCAAAAGCAUUCGCUCCCCUGAUGGUAUCGGUUCCUCCACACUGGCACGCAGGACCCUGAGUUCAUCCAUUACACUAGCAGAAAGGCCUCUCCCCUCCUUCCCAUCCUUUAACUCAGUAGGAGAGUGGCUGGACGCAGUGGACAUGGGCCGAUACAAGGACAACUUCACUGCUGCAGGGUACUGCUACUUGGAGUCUGUGGCACGAAUGACUGUACAAGACGUACUGAGCCUUGGCAUCACUUCCCUAGAGCACCAGAAGCUGAUACUGGCUGCCAUCCAGACCCUCAGAGCCCAGGUCAUCCAAAUGCACGGCCGCGGUGUGCAGGUCUAACAGACAGUCGACGCACACGCCGAGUCUCACGCUGCUGCAGACAGAUGAUUGGGUGGAGAAGAGGAGGGGCGGAGAGAGAGUGAGAGAGAGAGAGCUCUUCCAGACUUAAGGAAAGAUGAGCAGAUCUUUCAGCAAACCGCACUCCUCUAUUUACUCCUCCUUUCCACAGUUCCUCAUGCCUUCCUUGAUCCCUUCCUUCCUUUUUUCUAUGAAUUCCGCUCAGAGAGGAGCAAGUGUUCCUGUUGUGAUUGGGGGGGGACAGCAGAGGAGUGAUGUCAUUUGACUAUUUUUGUGUGUGACCUCUAUCUGCACUUUGACCCUUCAGUAACUGUGUCAGCUCCAUCUCACUGGUUCUGGAUCAGUGUGUUAAGUCAAAUGAAAUAUUGUCUCUAGCAGGACGGGCUCUGUCUGAGGCUGCGGGAGAUAUACUGUGCAGCAAACACACACACAGUUAUGGACUAGUGCUCAAAGAAACAUUUAUGUUUUGGGUGGAAUUUCCCUUCACCACAACAUCCAUUCACUAAAAACAAUGUACUGUAAGAGGCAGGAACUAUUUUACUUGGCCUUGGAUCAAAUAACUCUCUCCUCAGAACUGGCACAGCUGAUUUCACAUCAAACUGGAGCUUAUUUACUACGAGGACACAAUCAUAUCAUUGUACAUCAGAGCUGAUCUCAUGUCAGGUGGUUAAAGGAAUAUUUCUGAAGGUUAAACAUGGCUGAAAUGUAACCUAAAGUUUCAGAGCAGGAGCUUGAGAAGACUGUGCUGUCACAUGUUAAACAGUAAGUGUAGAAGAGCUGGAUGAAUGGACGGGUCUAGCAUACUGUAUAGCCCUAUAUACAGUAUAUAAAGUGUGAGCGACGGUAAGUUGUGGGUGAUGAUGGACUGUACUUUCAGAAACAUCAUCCUUUUUGUUUUUCUUUGAGGCUACUGAUGGUGAAACAAACGCAGCAGGAUACAAAGGGUUGAACACGUGUUUGAUUGUUGACUCAUUUGUCAUACGUCGCUGUCUGUUUUGCUACUUUCUUUACUCCCUCUAUCUUUCUCGACUCCUCCGUGCUCUCCACUUUUUUUCUUUGCGCAUUUAAAAGCAUCUAGUUCCCCUCCACUAGCCUGCUGGGUGUCAUCUCGGUAACAUAAUCCUCCUCUCCAAAGGCUCUCUCACUACCAUGUUUAAUACUCUGUAUAGGACUCAGGCCAACUCUGGAAGAUGGCCUGAUUCACUUAUUUAUCCAUAUUUAUUUAUGUUUACAGACUGUAACACAAACCUCUCCAGAAAAGGGGGUUAGGAGGGUUUAUUUAACUUAUAGUAUUUAAAAAAAGAAAAAAAAAAAGUGUUGAGCAAAGCAGUUGUGUUCUUGUUUUGUUUCUGUUUGAUUUGUUGAUUUUGUUCUAUGACUGUGAGUUUAUUCCUGAACAGAUUAUAGUUGUUUUGACAGGAAGUGAGAGGAACACUGGAGGAUUUUUACUGUCAGCACACAGUAUCUGUGUAUUCUUGAACACUGGGUUUGCUACAGUUCAUUUUAGGUCCAUUAUCAUUGGAUUUGCUGUAUACAUUACAGUGUGUGUGUGUUGCAGUAUGGGUACAGUAAAACAAUGUCAUAAAAAAAAAAUUAAAAAAUGUUUGUUUUUCUUUGUUGCUGUGGGAUUCUCAUGUUUCAUUUUAUGUUGCUGUUAAUAUCACGCUCUGCCAUACUACGUGGUUGCACUCUUUUCCAGUUAAACUCCCAGAAUCCUCUCUGUACAGUGAUCUGCUCCAUCACCUUUUCUGUCCUAUUUUAACACAGGAGAUUUGAAGGAAGGAAGUUUAUCUGGGCAUUAUUUCAUUCUCAUACAGCUUCACAAUAGAGGGUACAUACAUUUUUGACCAGAAUAUUGUAACAGGUUUGUAUUUGGUACGUGUUUUUUUUAUUUAUUUUUUUUGUUCUUUCUCCUUGUACUCUCCUUCUCUCUCUGUAACUGUUUUGUCAAAUUAAAUAAAGUCAUAUGUCCUUAUAGAUGUUAUCACGCACAUGUUAACAUAUCUGAGAAAACACUCUGAUGGUCCUUAACACACACACAAAGACAGAGACACACACGCAGUCACAAACAAACAACAAACUGGACCUCGCCACCACGAUGAAUGAAAUUCAAAUUGUUCCCCCCUCUAUCCCCACCUCUCUGUUACUGUGAUCAUUAUGAUAUGUUUAAUACUGUAAAUAUGUAUUUGAAAAUGCUAAAUCUAUUUUUAUAAUUUGUUUGAAGAACAAUGUGUUGAAUAUAAUAUCUGCUCACUGUGUAAGGGUUUCAUUUGUUUGAAUUUAGGGCCAUAGCUGAGAAACAGUGGUGUUUGGAAUAUAAAACUGAAAAAAAAAGUUUCUUUUUUUUUUUGUUAGUUUUUGAUGAUUUUUACCUGUUAGAAGAAAAUCUGAUGGCUGUUGCAAUAUUGAAAUGUGUUAUUAAAAAAUCUCCAAUAUAAGCAAA